AUGAAAUACACUACAAUUUCUCUUAUCGGCGCUUUAGCGACUCUCGCUGCGGCUGCGCCAGCCAACAAUGCCCCGGCUGUUGAAGUUCGAGGUGAGGCCGCUACUGCCAAGUCAGGCUCCGGCGGUGAAGACAUCUCCGGUACGGUGGGAGACACUGUCAACGGAGCCUUUGGCAUUGCUGGCGAGUGGGUCGAGCUCGUCGAGAACCUCAUCACUGGUGGCCAUGGCAAAGCACCUGGAUAUGGUGGCGGUCAAGAGCCUGGGUACGGCGGCGGAAACAAUGGCGGAUAUGACGGAGGAAACGGAGGCUAUAACGGCGGCGGAGGCUACAAUGGAGGCAACCCUUACUAG